UCAGCAGCGUCCUCGUGAAUAUGCAUCGACUGGAUGAAUGAUGACGAGCUGGACAGGUGGAGGAUGACGCUGCUGCUGUUCGGAGGUGUGAGCGGAUUAUUUUUUAAAUUCCUCGUGUGGAAUCAAAGCAUCAACUGACGGCGCGUUUCGCUACAAUGUAGCUGGCCUGCUCUGAGAAAGCAGGGUGCCUUUUAAAAGGAUUGUCGUCAAUUUGUGAAUUUUUUCCAGUUCAUCCAGACAUCGCGGGAAAGAAGCAGCAACUAAUCUUUUCUUAGUUGUUAUAUCUCGAGGAUUUUGCCUUCUUCUCAAGAAUAUAGCCUACGAGUAUUCUGGUAUUUCUGUGGAAUGAGAUGAGGUCCUCGUAUGGCAAACUUUUCUUCGUCGCCGGUUUUGUAUGUGUGUUGAUGUUAACCUCCUGGCACACAUCAAAGUCAGAUAACUUGCCAUUUCAGCUGCAUUCGGUCUAUGAGAGGUUACUGCGGGCAGAACAACGAGGGGAGGUCUUAUCAAAAGAACUGCUUAAAGUGCUUGGUCAACUUCAAAACCGCAGCAUUGCUCCAUCGAAUCACACAAUCAGCAACUCCUCAGCUAUAUUAGAAGAGAGGGUCCUUCGGCGCUUGUUGCCUUCACAGCCUGAUGCCCACAUCUACUUGCCUCACCUGAAGGAGCAUGAGGACAGUCUGAAACCCAUCGUUCACCUGGGGCAGCGACGCUCUGGAGUGUCUCUGGUGUUAGGAGUGCCCACCGUGCACAGGCAGAAACAGAGUUAUCUAGUGAACACACUCCAGUCUCUCCUAUUUGACCUAUCAACUGCCGAGAGGAAAGAUAUUGUCAUUGUAGUCUUUAUUGCCGAGACAAAUGCAAUAUUUGUGAAUGCUGUUGUACAGAGUGUACAGACCAAUCUCCCAGAUGCUGUCAGUGCUGGAGUGAUAGAGGUGAUCUCUCCAUCACCUCACUAUUACCCAGACUUAAGUAACCUGAAGGAAACAUUUGGAGAUCCCAAGGAGCGUGUCAGAUGGAGGACCAAGCAGAACCUUGACUACAGUUUCCUCAUGUUGUAUGCGCAGUCUAAGGGCACAUACUAUGUCCAGCUUGAGGAUGAUAUUAUAGCAAAACAAGGAUUCUUUGAGUCCAUGAAAAAAUUUAUAGCAUAUGUGCUUUCAGAGGAGUGGCUUUUCCUGGAGUUUUCCCAGCUGGGAUUCAUUGGCAAGCUUUUCCGCACAUCAGAUCUGCCAAUGAUUGUGGAGUUCUUCCUGAUGUUUCACAAAGACAAGCCAAUCGAUUGGCUGCUCGAUCACAUCCUGUGGGUUAAAGUGUGUAAUCCUGAGAAAGACUCAAAACACUGCCAUAAUGAGAAGGCCCGACUGAAGAGAACUUACAAACCCUCCCUGUUUCAGCAUGUUGGUUUGCAUUCCUCACUCCCCGGUAAAAUUCAAAACCUAAAGGAUAAAGAUUUUGGGAAUCAGGUGCUGUUCAAAGGUCACAAUAACCCGCUAGCAGAACUCAGGAGCAGUCUGGAGAAAUAUCUGUCUCACACUCUGGAGAGAGCUUACAAUGGAGUGGAUUUCUUCUGGGGCCUCACACCCAAAAGAGGAGAUUAUAUCCUCAUUACUUUCAUCACACCUCAAGCUGUCAAAGGGUACCUUUUUCGAUCUGGCAAUAUUGAGACAAAUGGUGACAGGUUUUACAACACAACAGUGGAGGUGCUCCCUACUAGUAAAUCUGUGAAAGUGAGGGUGACGAGAGGAGAAUUAGCCUGCUGUAAACCCUCAUCUGAUGGCUUUGUUCAGAUAGGUUCUUUCAAGAAUGGAAUGGCUGAGGGAGAAGUGGACGGAGCAUUAGGAGAAAUAGCGGCCAUGCGACUCCUGGUUCACUCUGAUUCUGAUGUCUGGGUCCUUCUCAGUGAGAUCUUUAUUCAAGUUUGAUCCUGUUUGAGUUGAUGAGAAAGGAGAAAUUUGAUCUGCAUGGUAACAUGUAAUACCUCCUGCUGUGGACAACAGCGCAUGCUGCUGGUCUGGAAAGGAACCUCCCUAUGCUUGAAUGAUUGGCAUUGCUGUGUACUAUCUUGAGGUGCAAUGACAGGAUGUUUCCCUCAUUAAAAAGGAGUGAAAAACCUGUUUACAUCGUUAUUUGUUUAUUGUGGUCCAUGAAGGUUUUGUUUGAUUUAUUCAUUUUGUAUAAAUUCUUUUAUUUAAAUUAUUGUUUAGUGUUGCAAAAUAACUUAAAGGGACCACACAAACAGGAUUUGACCAUGUUUUAUAUUAUACUGAAUUAUUUAAAAUAUUUGACUUUCAGUAUAUGGCAGCAAUACCAACUUGU